CGGACCAUAAACAUUUCCUAAUAACGCAGCUCGACUGAACGGAAAACGAGCAUAACAUUGCUCUGUUUCUUGUCGAUGUAAUAUGGCUUCAACCAUGAUUCCUUAUACUGUCAACAUUAAACUAGCCGCUCGGACUCUGACCGGAACUCUUCAUUUACAGAACAAGACAGCAGUGGACUGGGGAUGGCAGGGUCUGAUUGCUCAGGGCUGUCACACUAGUAUCCUCAUUAUUGAUCCCAAGACGUCUCAAACUAUUCAAGUCCUGGAGCGACACAAAGCCAAUGUGGUCAAAGUUAAAUGGUCCAGAGAAAACUACCACCACAAUCUCAACUCACCUUACUCACUGCGUCUGGCGUCUGCAGACGCGGCAGGAAAGAUCAUCGUGUGGGAUGUGGUGAGCGGUAUGGCACACUGUGAGAUCCAGGAGCAUACCAAACCCAUUCAGGAUAUGGACUGGCUGUGGGCUCAGGAUGCUUCUCGUGAUCUUCUGCUGGCUGUCCAUCCUCCCAACUUCAUUGUCUUGUGGAACGGUGACACGGGAACCAAGCUUUGGAAGAAGAGCUAUGCUGAGAAUAUUCUGUCGUUUUCCUUCGAUCCUUUUGAGCCCUCCAAUCUGGCAUUACUAACCAGUGAGGGUAUAGUGUUCAUCACAGAUUUCUCUCACUCAAAACCGCCGGGUAGUGGUGGUAAGAAGGUUUACAUCGCCAGCCCUCAUUCAAGCCCCGCCCACAGCAAGCCUGCUCCUGUCCAACCCACUGGUGCCAAGAAAGCCCUCAAUAAAGUCAAAGUGCUCAUCACCAAUGAGAAACCUACGGCUGAAGCUGUGACUCUUAAUGACUGUCUACAGCUGUCAUAUCUGCCGUCUAAGAGGAACCACAUGCUGCUGCUUUAUUCCAGAGAGAUUCUCAUCCUAGACCUGGAGCUCAGCCAGACUGUGGGUGUGGUGGCAAUAGAGCGCUCUGGUGUGCCCUUUAUACAGGUGAUUCCCUGUGCCCAGAGAGAUGCUCUCUAUUGCCUCCAUGAGAACGGCUGUGUCACACUCCGUGUGUGUCGCUCCACAACAUCUUCUCCUGAUGAAACAGGCAGGACUGGCUCUGAUCCUGAACAGAGUGUGCAGGAGUUAGUAUACGAUCUUCGCUCCCAGUGUGAUGCAAUCCGUGUCACUAAGACUGUGCGGCCUUAUCGAGUGGUGAUCUGUCCAGUUAAUGAGAACAGCGCUGCCCUGGUGGUCAGUGAUGGCAGGGUAAUGCUUUGGGAACUUAAAGCCCAUGCCAAUAAAUCUUCAUCCAACUUGAGUUCUGGCUUUCCUCCGUUGUAUUCUUCUGUCAAUUUCUGUGGAACACCUUUACGUCACAACCAGAAAUGCAUACCAGAUCUUUCUCUGAACACAAUGAUCGGUCAUAGUCUGAUUUCUGGAGUAGACCCCCCAAGGCCCUCGGCAGGUCAGCAUGAAGUGCAUCUGAAGUUCCUAUUGACAGGACUGCUGUCUGGCCUUCCUCUACCUCCUUUUUCCCUCCGAAUGUGUCCCCCACUCACCACUAAGAACAUCAACCACUACCAGCCUCUGCUGGCUGUAGGUACAAGCAAUGGGUCUGUGCUGGUGUACAACCUGACCAGCGGUCUCCUGCACAAAGAGCUGAGUGUCCAUUCUUGUGAGGUCAGAGGAAUUGAAUGGGUUAGUUUGACUAGUUUUCUGUCUUUCGCCACCUCUGUUCCCAACAACCUUGGACUUGUAAGGAAUGAACUACAACACGUGGACCUACGCACAGGACGGUGCUUUGCAUUUCGAGGUGAACGUGGAAACGAUGAGCCAGCAAUUGAAAUGAUUAAAGUAUCACAUCUCAAGCAAUACCUGGUUGUGGUGUUCAGAGACAAACCAUUGGAACUCUGGGAUGUCCGCACAGGAACUUUGCUGCGUGAGAUGGCUAAGAACUUCCCUACUGUCACUGCCCUGGAGUGGUCUCCUUCUCACAACCUCAAAAGUCUGAAGAAAAAGCAGCUUGCAGCACGAGAGGCCAUGGCAAGACAGACCACCCUUGCUGAUGCAGAGCAGAGCAGCGUAGAGUCCUCCUUAAUCAGUCUGUUGCAGGAUGCUGAAAGUAAGUCUGAAACGAGUCAUGGCAUCUCUGCUCGCGAGCACUUUGUGUUUACUGACACGGAUGGCCAGGUCUAUCACAUUACAGUGGAAGGAAACACCGUAAAGGAUGGGGCACGUAUCCCUCCUGAUGGCAGUAUGGGAAGUAUUGCCUGUAUUGCAUGGAAAGGAGACACCCUAGUUUUGGGGGAUGUAGAUGGAAACCUCAACUUUUGGGACCUGAAAGCUCGCCUUUCAAGGGGUGUACCUACACACCGUGGAUGGGUGAAAAAGAUUCGUUUUGCUCCAGGAAAAGGCAACCAAAAGCUCUUGGUCAUGUACACAGAUGGAGCUGAGGUCUGGGAUACCAAAGAGGUUCAGAUGGUCAGCAGCAUCAGGGUGGGGAGGAACGUGAGUUACAGAAUUCUGGAUAUUGACUGGUGUACGUCAGAUAAAGUUGUGCUGGCAUCAGAUGACGGCUGUGUGAGAGUGCUAGAGAUGGCCAUGAAGUCUGCCAGUUACAGAAUGGAUGAGCAGGACCUGACAGAUCCAGUGUGGUGUCCGUAUCUUCUGCUGCCGCGUGCUGCUCUUACGCUGAAGGCCUUUCUGCUGCUGCAGCCCUGGUCUGAUACAUUCACCAUGGACAUUUUUCAAAUAGAUUACAUUGAGAAGGAGGAAAUCAAAGGACUGAUCCAAGAACAGCUCAACUCUCUCUCGAAUGACAUCAAAAGCGUUCUCCAGGACCCAAAUCUGAACUUGCUGCAACGCUGCCUCCUUGUGUCCAGGUUGUUUGGAGACGAAUCAGACAUUCAAUUCUGGACAGUGGCAGCUCAUUACAUCCAGCUCUUUGCUCAGAAUCGCCAGCCAAUCAGGUCCACCCCAGAGGGCCAAGCACCUGCCGAGGAUCUCCAGAGCACCCCUGUCAAUCACCUGGACAUCUGCCAUGACACCCUGUGUGAAGGUGCUUUCUUCCAGAGGUUUCAGCUGGAGCGGGUUCAUCUUCAGGAGGUGAAGAGGUCCAGUUAUGAACAUACUAAAAAGUGUGCAGACCAGCUUCUGCUACUUGGUCAGACGGACCGUGCAGUACAGUUGCUCUUGGAGACCAGCGCAGAUAACCCAAGCUACUACUGUGAUUCUCUUAAAGCCUGUCUAGUAACCACCAUCACUUCCUCUGGCCCGUCUCAGAGCACCAUUAAACUGGUUGCCACCAAUAUGAUUGCCAACGGCAAACUGGCAGAGGGCGUUCAGUUGCUGUGCCUGAUUGACAAAGCAGUUGAUGCGUGCCGUUAUCUGCAGACAUACGGAGAAUGGAACCGUGCUGCUUGGCUGGCCAAGGUGCGGCUGAGCCCAACAGAGAGUUCAGAUGUGCUAAAGCGCUGGGCAGAGCAUCUGUGUUCUCCUCAGGUCAAUCAGAAGUCAAAGGCCAUCCUGGUCCUGCUAUCACUGGGAUGCUUUCAUAAAGUGGGCGAGAUGCUUCACAGCAUGAGAUAUUUCGACCGUGCCGCACUGUUCAUCAAAGCAUGUUUGAGAUAUGAAGUGAUGGAGGCCAAUGACGACGAUGUCAAUAAGCUUGUAGGUGUUGCCUUCGUCAACUAUGCCAAACUGCUUCGCUCCAUCGGACUAAAACAGGGAGCUGUGCUGUGGGCAUCCCAGGCUGGAGAGGCAGGAAAGGAUUUGCUUGAUGAGUUGUCAAAAACAGAAGGUUCGGGACCAGAUCCAAGCCCCAAUGAAGAAGAGGCCAAUAUCACUCUUGUAAAUAUGGAUUGACAUGCUUCAAACACACAGUGAAGAAAAGGGUGAAUGUUCAUGAAGAAUACAAGAGAAGUUUAAUUUAAUAAAGUCUCAAAUUCACAGAAAGAGUAUAGAGAUCUGGUUUACUGUACGUGUCGCUCUUGUACAGUGUACCCGUAUGUUGGGUGUGCUGUAUGCAUGUGUGCAAACACAUAAACACACCUUUUAUUGUCCUUAAAUACAUUUGUCCGGUUUAAGUCAUGUAGACCUUUGAUGAUUUAUUGGUUGUGAGAUGUUUUUAGGUGUUGUGUAUCGAUGACAUUCCCCUAACAAUUUCUACUUAAUACAUUGCCUGCUGUUGUAAUGCAUUUAAAACCUGUUUUGCAGUUACAGAAUUGACCAUAUAUGUUUUCUUUGUUAAGUGUAACAAACCAUUUAAGCAUUCUUGAUUUGUAUUAUUACAUGUCCUACACUUAACACACUGCCAUACCAGGUAUUACAAGGCAAAAUUAUAUUAUUAAAACGGCACAAUCAGUUUUGUAAAUUGUCUCAUAAAUACAAUAAUUAAUGAAAUACAUUGUAUAAAUAAUUUAAGAUCAUUAUUAUGUGUGGUUUUGUUUUGUUUAGCUAAAAUGGGUCCAUGAAGAAUGGAUUUUUUUUUAUGUGAUUUUGGUAAAUUUUUGGGUGAUUCCCUUUAACUUCAUUUUCUUCUUGAUUUGUUGUUGCUGAAAUGUUUUUGUGUGAGAUCUUGUAAAUGUGCUGUCAUGACCAAAAAGAAACCAGUGUUGAUGCACCAGGUAAACAUCUUCACAAUUCUUCUCUUGUUAUAGUUGAUGUGCUCGUACAUUAUUGUAAAAUGGUGAAUUAAGUCUCCUCUGGUGAACUACUGUAGGUGUUCUCUGUUCAAAAUAAAUGUUGCAACAUAUGCU